AUGCCUACCCUCGAAGAAAUCACCAAGGAAGCUAGCCAGGCGGUCGAUGAAUGCGUCCGCGAGUGUCAACGAUACUUCGCAAGGGCACCUGGAGACCGCAUCAAGAUACUUGAAGCUAUUCUAAAGAAACAUGAACUUCGGCGCAGGUACCCUCCAGGAUAUCACUUCCAACACUUUGAUACCGAUUCCGCGCACAAAGAACAUAUUCGUGCCGUCCUAGAGGGUUCAGACUCGGAAGAUGGCCCUGUGGAUGAUGCCCGCAACGACCCUCUUAACGAGAGUUUGAGGACUCUCGUUAACUACACUUAUGGACCACUGCACAGUCAACUUCUGAAGAUCGCCGCAGUUAUUAUCGACGAGUCCCACCUUGCAAAGAGACUUGACUCUCAACUCAACGAGGGUAUUCGAUCGCUUCCUUAUCUUCACGCAAUUCUCUUGACUGGAACACCGAUCUAUAACACAUGGCGCGACCAAUGUGGCCAGCUAGCAUUAUUGACAGGUUGCAGAGCAUUCCGUAUCAACGAGACCGAAUUUCGCGACAUAGCCGGUGACAUUAUAGAUGAUCCCCAGUCCCCGGGUUGCUUGUUCAUGAAGAGACUCCUGGCGGGGGCAAUGAUUGCUCGGCCCCUGGACGUCAUUAAACUUCCUCCUACCGAGGUUCACAAAGUCUCGUUCGGAUUUGACUGUCACCGCUUCAUUCUCAUCGUUAUAGAGACUCAUGUGAGCCGCGGGCGAAAACUCUUGCCUAAAGCCGCCCAACCACGAAACCGGGCGAUCCAAGAUCAACUGAAAGCGCAGCCAUUUGGGCACCUGACUAGAGUGCAGCAGUAUGCUGCAUGCCCUGUCGUCUUGAAGGCUCAGGACUGCAUGGAUCGACAAACCCAAAUGGACGAACUGACUCGGGAUGAGUUCUUGGAGUUCCGACAGGAUUGUCGCGACCCUUCGAGAUUGAAGUUGGUAAUCCCUGCUGCCAGUAGAAGAGGUAGUCCAGAUGAUGAAUCUGAGAAUGGCUUAUUUUUAAGAAAUGACAAUCAUUUCAAUGAUGACCAUAUCAACGAGCAGGAUAUGGUCAAUAUAGCGGCCCAAGAGAGUCUUGACGAAGGUUUCAUCUACGCCGAUGAUCAGAAUGACGAAAUAUAUGAUCCUGAGAUUGGGGACGUGGAACUGGUCGAUGAGAUCGAGUACGAGCAAGGGACACUCGACGAUGAAGGCAAGAAGACCGGACCUCAAGAACGCCGUCAGACUACGUCCAACUAUGCCUUCACCAUACAGUGGAAAAGGAAGCUGAACACAUUUCCUGAUAUCGAGAUCUUCACGCCCAGGGUCCAAGCAGUUGUGCCCACUGUAAAGCGAAUUGCAGAUGAGUUCCUUGGAGAAGGCAUGGUUAUUGCAUCCUCACCUCUUCUAUUCCUGGAUGUUAUACAAGAGGCUUCAGACCGCUUAACCAGAGAAGAUGAAGUGUUGCAGUUCAAACUUUCUGAAUUCAACGGUACUGUUGAUAUCGAUCAACGAGCCACAACUAUCUCCGAGUUCAACGAAUCAGAUAAUCAUACCAGGGCCCUGCUUGUUACUGCCGGUGUUGGAGGAUUUAUUGGAAGAGUUCGUAGGAUCCCGCAACGACGCAAGAAUGUUGUCAAGAAGAAGCAAGUCAUCACCAUGCUAGAGAAGCAUUUGGUCCGCAAGGACACCCAGGUCAUUAUACAGGAGAGACAGCCGGACAGCACUGGCUUGGGACAGUUCCUACUGAAUGGGGAAAAACAUAACAGUUGA